AUCCCUGCCCAUCCCAGCCCCAUGCCUGGUUACAUCUUUAAACAAAAAUUGUUACCAGAGUACAUAAUGACCGGCCCUUUUCCCUCCCCCCCUCCCACUACAAGUUAGACCCAUCGCAAUACUCUAUAAUACUCUAUAUACUCCCCAGCAAGAAAAACUUUAUACCUUUACGGAACGCCUUUGCAAUUUUUUGGGAAGCAUAGAUCAGAGAUCAUAGACAGCUCGCGCUCAUACUCACAUACGCUCAUACACUCUCACACGCCGCUGCCUGCACUGCAGAUUCUCAUACCCAUACAACCACAAAGCCACAACCACAAACGAACCACGAAACUGAGAAACACGAAACACAACGCCGCGAACCUCCUAUACACCCCCGACAAACACAUCCAACACUCACACAAUUUCACAACCCAGCAACCGCAUACGAUGGAGGCCCCGGCCCCCCGCGCACCCCCCCUCGACCCCUCGAAGUGCCACUCCACAGUCGAGACCAUGCGCUGCUCACGCUGCGCCAUGAGCGCCGAGACCGUCUCUCACAACGGCCGCGACGUCUCUGCCGACGAUGCCCGCGCCGGCGGCAUGGUCAAGUUCGGACAUAACCUGUACUACUGCGAUCGCUGCGCCAAGAUCCUAUAG